GUGGAGAUGGAGCCCCAGGGGCUGUUCGGAGCAGAGGGGGAUUGUGGGAUGUUGGGUCUGCUGGUGCCCAGUCCCCAGAGUGAGGCGUUUACCCAUGAGCUGGAGAAGCUGUCCCUACAGCCCAGUAACAACAUACACCCCCUCAAUGAACGCAAGAACGUCCUUCAGCUGAGGCUACAGCAGAGACGUACCCGUGAGCAGCUGGUAGACCAGGGCAUAAUGCCACCUCUAAAGAGCCCAGCAGCAUUCCAUGAGCAGAUACGUAGUCUGGAGAGAGCCCGGACUGAGAACUUCCUGAAGCACAAGAUUGGCAGCCGACCAGAGAGAUCUGAGCUGGUCAGAAUGCACAUCCUCAAGGAGACUGGGGCAGAGCCCUCCCUGCAGGCCACCCAGAUGAAGCUGAAGAGGGCCAGGCUGGCUGAUGACCUGAAUGAGAAGCUGGCUCAGCGCCCCGGUCCCAUGGAACUGGUAGAAAAGAACAUUCUGCCUGUAGAACCCAGCAUCAAGGAGGCCAUCAUUGUAAACUACCCCAAAGCACUGGACACCUACGGGUUUGAGGAGGACAGCGGGGAUGCCCCGUCUCCAGAGCAGCCGGCCAGCCACGAGUCCCAGGCCGCCGCACCCUCCCCUGGGGAACCCCGGGCCCUGGAGACCCCCUGUCCACCACCGCUGCCCACCAGAACCAACAACUAUACCAUCCUACAGCCCUUCCCUGUUGUCACCCAGGCAACAGCAGACUUCCUCAAAGAUCUCUCCACCAAUGAGCCACCAGUUAGUCGCCCAGCUCCCGCACCUCAGCCAGUCACCACUGUUGCUUCUCAAAAGCCAGGGCCCACCCUAGUGAAACAGAGCCAGCCCAAGCAGCCCGGGGAGAGGAAUCACAGUAAGAAGGGCAAGGAGCCCAAGCCCCGGAUCAAGAAGUUAAAGUACCACCAGUACGUCCCCCAGGACCAGAAACACGAGGCCAGCGAAGCCCCCAUGGACUCAUCCUACGCCAAGAUCCUCCACCAGCAGCAGCUCUUCCUCCAGCUGCAGAUCCUCCACCAGCAGCAGCAGCACUAUAACUACCACACCAUCCUCCCAGCACCCUUAAAGCCUGUAGCUGAGGGUCAGAGCAGCGCUGUGAACGGUCUGCCAACCUCUAUAGUGGUGUCCCUGCCGCCUGCCGUCACUGUCCCGCCUCCCACCCCUUUCCGCCCAAACAGCCUAUCCAACCGCAAGCCUGGCCACCUGCCCCCCAACCUGGAGGACAUGAAGGUGGCCGAGUUGAAGCUGGAGCUGAAGUGGCGAAGUCUCCCUGUGUCAGGGACCAAGACUGAUCUCAUUGAGAGGCUGAAGCCUUACCAGGAGAGCACCAUCACCCCAGCUCUGACCCCCGGCCCGAACACCCUUCCAUCCUCAGUCCCCACGGAGGUCAGCUCAUCCCCCACACUUUUCCUAGCUGCCCAUCAGUUGGCACCAGAGAGCAUGAGCUCCACACCCCCAGUAUCCCCAAUCCCCACAUACCUCUCCACCUUUAGAGACAACAGGGGGGUGUCCGAUCUACUUUGCGACACCCAGAGGGUUAGUCCCGGUCGUGCAGGCGUGGGGAAGUCCCCCCUGAGGCCGGGUGUCCCGGAGGAGAAUGACCCGCGGCUCCAUGAGAAGGAGCGUCAGAUCAAGGAGCUGAUGAGGAAGCUGGAGCAGGAGCAGAGGCUAGUGGAGGAGCUGAAGAUGCAGCUGGAGGUGGAGAAGACCCAGCUUCUACAGGGACCCUCCACAGACCCUGUCCCCAUGAUCCAGAUCUCCAACAAGGUCAAACUGGAAGACAGGGUCCUCCCUAACUGCUCAGCCAUGGUUACUGCAAACAUGGCUCCCCAGACUCACCCUCACUCUCUUUCCACUGUGGUGAAGCUGGAGGAUGUGCUCUGCAACUCCCAGCCCCUGCACCAGCCCUACCUCACCCCCACACGGCCCCAGUUCUUUACCAGCCACCAGGGGGCAGUGUCCCAGGUUGUAGGUCAGCCUGACACCCAGACCCUGCUUGCAGCCCAGGAUAGCACUACUCAGAUCCUCCUGCCUGUCCUCCAGGCUACGAUAUCAAAUCAAGCCCCAGGCCUGAUCCAGGCCUCAGUGCCCCAGGUACACACCACCAAGAUGGAGACUCGGCAAGCCUCAACUCAACAGCAGAUACUUAAUCAUAUCCACAUGCUGCAGACUUUCACAGCGUGCAACGGCCCUGGCUCUGGGAUGGUGGAGAACCAAACAGGGCCUGACAUGCAUCACCAGUGUUUCCUGAGAAGCUCCCCAGAUAACAGGCUCUCUCCCCGGGGGGCUUCACCCAACCCCAUCCUCUCCAAUGGGCCUGUCAACAAGGUACCCUCUCCGUCUCCAUCCCAGCCCAGCUUCAUCCUCCAACCCUCCUCCCUCGUGACCCAGCCCCCCAUGACCAAGGAGCCCCCUCGCUACGAGGAUGCAGUCAUACAGACACGCAACCUGAAGCAGGCCAACAACCUCACACAGGUUUCCACGGCAAAUAGCCAGCAGAUGGAUGACCUAUUUGACAUCCUGAUUCAGAGUGGAGAGAUCACUCCUUUCAUCCAGCAGCCGGACCUUCUGUCUCUCAGCACCAAGACUGUUCCUGUCACAGCCAACAUCACUACCCUCCCUGUCAACACCGCCCUGUCCAGGCCUCCUCCACAGAUCCAGGUAGCUCCCCCUCCCAUCUCGCCCGUCAACCCCCUCCAUCUCCCAAGCCUGGCCUACAUGACCUCAGACAAGCUGUUGGAUGCCUUCCUUGAGGGAACCCUGAACGAUCUGUCCCCAACCACGGACCCCCGCACCCUGAGUCUGAUCGAGGAUCUGCAGUCCCAGCUUCUGGAUCAACCCUACUCCCCCAUGGACACCUCGGAGCUGUCCUUCUGCGACUCCAUGUCUCCCCCCUCCUCCCUCAAUAUGGGCAUGUCUGACACAGCCCUGGACAACAUGGAGUGGCUGGACCUAACCAUGCAGCCCAGCCCCGCUGGGGGGCUUACGCCACUGGGGAUUCCUUCAGACUUCCUGGAUACACACGACCUGCAGCUGCACUGGGACUGA